AUGUGUGCAUAUGUUCCGGGAAACACAGCACACGCGCAACGGACCUCCAUUCCGCGCAUUCCUCCCCACAAUUCAUCAAACUCAUUCACCGUGGCUUCUUCAAAUUCCUUCUCAGCUUCUGCUGGCCAACGUCGAAGACGCUCCUCCGCCGCGCGGCAGCCACCCAACCUCAGUCUCAACAACUUCCCCCCGCCACACAGUGGAACAGGCACGACGAGCGGUAUUUCGGGCGGAACGGGUGAAGCCCUGCCCACAAUUCCUGGCACGCCAGCUUUUGAAAUGUCGAGGUCAUCAUCGCCGCGCCCGGGAGGCUGGUCAAGUCCAGGUCUCAACACCCCCUACGAUACAGGCGGAGGGGGCAGCCCGCAAAAUGUCACUUGGGCGUCAGCUCAGGCGAGGAGCGCCGAGGUCAAGGGCUACCCUGCUUUCACACCGCGUAACCAAGGCUUCCUGGGUAAACACUUUCGGCGCAUUUCCUCAAGUCUGCCUUUUAGUUAUGGAGACAAGGAGAAGUUGGGCCGGGGGCGAUACCAGGGCAACAACAAGGUGCUCCAGUGGCUGAACAGGAUCGGAUGGAAUCUUUGGCGUCUGCGUAGGAUCAUUGCGCCAGUAUUACUCAUUAUCACAUUCUACGUCUUGUUCUACGUGACACCUCUGCACCGUUACUAUCGGCGGUCUUCAUGGUUUGGAGGCGGCAACAAAUUCGUCGUCAUCCUCGCGGCGAAUCAAGGUGGAGGUGUGAUGGAAUGGAAAGGACCCAGGGAGUGGGCGAUUGAGAGGGACACUGUUAAGAACAAGAAGAAGUACACUCAGAAAUGGGGUUAUGACCUGGAAAUCGUCGACAUGAGCACCAAGAAGCGGUACGCUCACGAGUGGAGAGAAAGCUGGGAGAAGGUCGAUACCAUCCGAAAUGCUAUGCGCAAAUAUCCGCAUGCUGAAUGGUUCUGGUGGCUAGACACCAACACUUUCAUCAUGGAACCCACGUACUCUCUCCAGCAGCACAUUUUCAACAAACUGAACGACGUCACGUACCGAGACAUCAACUUCUUCAACCCUCUCAACAUCUCCCAUCCCUUGACGGACCAAUACUUGGACCCUGAAUCACGAUCCCCUGUGGGCGAUGGAAAGCCCGACUCGAUCAACAUGCUGGUACCUCAAGACUGCUCGGGCUUCAACCUGGGAUCGUUCUUUGUGCGCCGCAGCGUGUGGACAGAUCGGCUGUUGGACGUUUGGUGGGAUCCGGUCGGCUACGAGCAAAAGCACAUGGAGUGGGAACACAAGGAGCAGGAUGCUUUGGAAUACAUGUACCAGAACCAGCCGUGGAUACGGCCGCAUGUUGCGUUCCUCCACCAGCGCAAGAUCAACAGUUUCCCCCCGGGAGCAUGUGGCGAGAAGGGCGACGACCCCCAGAUUCAUUACAAAGAGAAUGACCGCGACUUUUUGGUCAACAUGGCCGGCUGCGAAUGGGGGCGAGACUGCUGGGUGGAAAUGUACAGCUACCGCCGAUUGAGCGACAAGCUGAACAGGAAACCCUUUGAAAAAAUCAAGGACUGGAUCGUCGACACGGUCAAAGCGCGCUGGGAGAAGAAGAACAAAAAUGGGGACAAAAAGUCGUAA